AGGAUCAUGCGUCGAGUUGCGUCCUGAAGUUUUCGAGGAAUGCAGUUGUCAGUGCAAGCGUGAAAAUAUUUCGACUCGCGAUUCCAUGUCUACAGCUGCGAUCAAAGCACCUACGACGAGGUGAAGAUGACGACGAAUCCGGUUACUUCGCAGCACCUGGUUGCGGUGAUUCCGCAGCCAUGCACGAACCACGGCCCCAUGAUGGACAGUUUCCAGUUCGGGAAGCUGAUCAAGCGGGCGAGGUUGCACAUGCCGCAAAAGGAAAACGAGUACUUCGACAAAAUUUACCGCCUGGGCGACUACACGGCGAUCUCGGGGUGCGGGCUUGGGGGGUACUUGAUGUUUAAAUUCACGCAGAAAUACCGAAUUCGCCAGUACCGGACAAGUUUGAUCGCGGCCUCCAUGUUAUCAAAUGCAAAAAUGUCUGGGUCUGGGAGAUUCCGCGAUUUGUCAUGUAGUUUUUCCAAGCUCCCCCACGUCUGGAAUGCAGGGCCUAGCGUCACAGGUUCUGCAGCUCCUUGCUGAUGCGUAUUCUGCAUGAGAAAUGCCCUCUCAGCAUGCCCAGAAGUGGGCACCUUUUGCACGUUAUGCAUCACAGAUCUUUGUAGGAUCCGAAACACGCAUCACAAGUUCGGAUCCUUCCAGACAUCCAGGGAUUUUUGCAUUUGAUGCAUGUACGUGGGGUACAAAACGACGCUGAAAGCUUAUAUCAAAUGCAAAUAUGUCUGGGUCUGGAAGGAUGAUGCAACUUGUGAUGCUACCUUUGGACUCUAUAUAAAAUCUGUAUUGCAUGAACAGCAAAAGAGGUGUAUUUUGUGCUACGCGGAGAGGGCAUUUCUCACGCGGUAUGAGCAUCAGAGAGCCCUCGCAAAAUCUCUGAUGCUCGGGCAUGCACCACAGACGUCAUGGGUCAUGCAAAAUCUGCAUGAAAAACUCCUGCAUUCUUCCAGACCCAGACAUAUUUGCGAUGCAUAGUUUAUCCGAGCGCACAACUUGCUUGUUACUUAUUUCCCCUUACUUAGCAUCGCUCAGUGGCACGAUAGUUAUGUUGAUUUCCGCAUGUAGUUGUAGUUGGCAUGUCUGCGCCGCGUCGUGGAGGGUAUGUACAAGGGCUGCGUCGCGUCCCGAAUGUUUUCAUAAUGUAAAGAGUGCUAAAGGGUAUUGAAAAGCAAGGACAAUAAAAGACCGAGUCGUGUACUUUGUAGCAUUGUUAUAAACGGACGAGGGGGCUUAAGUAUAAAAAAGUUCUGCACUGUCAUAAAGCCUACUAUCAAAUGUAAAAAUGUCUGGGUCUGGAAGAAUACAAGAUUUGUGAUGCAGGUUUUCCAUGACCCAUGAGGUCUGGAAUGCGAGACCCAGCAUGACAGAUUCUUUCCAGGCUCUAUCAUGCCUUUCCUGCAUGGGAAACUCCCUCUCAACUUGGUCAAAAGGGGACAGCUUUUGGCACUCAUGCAACACAGAUUUCUGCAUGAUUCGGAUUUAGCAUGACAAGUUGCAUUCUUCCAGACCCAGACAUUUUUACAUUUGAUACCUACGAGAGUUUUACGAAACCGAUCCGGGAUAAGUACCGCGUACGCCUCGAAAAGGUGGUGCAAACACUUUACUCCAAGGAAUUUGAAAAAUUCCGUCGACACGAGCGGAAGCCGCUGCUGGACCAGCGGGCGCUGCAGCACCAGGAUCUGAAGUAUUGCAAGGAAAAAUCCCCCCUUCCGAAUCCGAUAUUGCUCAACUUGUGAUGCAGAUUGGUGACCGCAAAUCCUGUCCGUCUUGCAAGAAGGCGCGCGCAGGCUUUCCGCCUCGUUAUGCAGGCGAUUUGUAAUGCUGUAAGGCCUACAGGAUAGCCGUCUACCAUGCUAGGCGCCUACACCAAAAGGCCCCCGCCUAGGCUUAAGAUCUGCGCGCAUUCCUCUACUGCAACACAAAUUAGAUUUGUGCAUCUAAAUCCAGCAUCAGAGGUUUCGUUUUGAUAUGCGGAGGGGGGAUUUAUUUUCUUCUUGAUAUGAAGAAUCGGCUGCUGAGUGGCGGCAGUAGUGGUAGUUCCUCGUCGUUGCUUGGCGGGGAUACUGCCGCUGGCUCCAACGCUUUCGGGGGUCUACUGCUUGGGGUAACGACCGUAUGCAAGAAAAGAGCUGUGUAAGUGUAAAUUUGUGCUGCAGAACAUGCAACAGAGUUACACCUGUCAUGCCAGACAGCCAUGAAGUCCUCUUUUCAUGUGUGUUUUCCCUUACAAGCCACGCAUGACAUGUAGAGCAAAUUUGUGAUGCUGUUUCUCAAAGAAAGUUACACUUACACACUUUUUUUCCUUGAUAGACCGGCGCCGCGGGCCUCACGGGGUUGUUGCUCGAGUCAACGUCGAGUAGCUGUACGACGACCGGCGAAGGAGCUACGUUUGAUGUUGCAAGGGGCAGCAGUAGAAGUAGAAGUACAGAGCCGCUACUGCUGUCAGAACCCGACAGUGGAUCAUCAUCUUCAGGUUCGCUUCCUGCUUUAGACACUUCUGCUACAACUGAGCUUUCCGACGCAAAAACAACGAAAAAUGGCGAUUUUUUCGUGCCCGCAACGGAGAGCAACAUUUCUAAAGCCGCCGCGAGCUCGUCCGGCACCGUUUCGCCGCUAGCAGCCGUAGUUCCGGAAAGCCGCGCGGCGCCGCUCGCCACUAACGCACACCAGACCGCUCCGCUCCUGUGUGAUCCGCGAGCAAUCCGGGUACUUCGCUACGAACCCAGCAUAUCCCAGAGAAAAAAGCUAGCAGGGCAUAUCUGUAAUGCAAAAAUAAAUACACGGAAAAAUCUGUCAUGGGCGGACCCAUAGGAUGCUGUUUGGCGUAUGCAAUGCAGAUUUUUUUGUGUAUUCCUUUUUGCAUCACAAAUAUGACCUGCCUGCUUCUUUCUGCGUGAUGCAGCAACUCCGUGGCGAGCAGCUGCGGGCAGAGUGUGUUCCUCCCCUGUCUCGGAGUGUCGCAGAAGGGAGUUAUCGUGAGUAAAAACGUCCCCACACCAGAGUCAAGAUGGGGACUUUGCAACACAAACCUAGGAGUUUUGGGAGUCACGCAUGACAAGUUUCAGUCCGUAAGGUAGUGCAAGUUAGCAAGGAAAGCCGCAUCACAAAUCGACCUGCUGAUCCUGUUCACAGCAUCACAAAUUCCAAAACACGACUGGAAAUGGGUCUCAUGGGGAUGCGCAUCACAAAUGUCUUUGUCAUUGCAAAUCUGCAUUACAACUCUGGGGUGGGUACGUUUUUACUUAGGAUAGGAGUUGUAUCAGCAUCAUCCUCAACACCUGUAACGAGGGAUGGGGCAGCUGCAUCCUCUACAUCAGGCGCUACUAGUACGACUACUACGACACCACCAACGUUGUACGUGCGCUCCACGGGAUUUCUGUUUCACCCGCACCAGACACGGAAUUUUGUAAAGGUUGUAGGCAAGAUGAAAAAAGUGUAGUCUUACGUGUGACUUUGACUUUCUUGGACAAGACAACAUCGCUUCGCAAAUCCUUCCAUGGCAAGUGUGACGGUGAUGUUGCAUGAUCUGCACUGCGAAGUUGCACGUAAAAACUACAGGUUUUUUUUAUUCGGAUUGUUUGCGGAGCAGGAUCAGAAGAAACAGUUGAAACUGGUAUUGCUUCGUUUACACUUGUCUACAUUUUUUUCAUGACUAGAACUCUUCUCGAGUAGUGCAGCGCGUUGUGGCAAAAAAUGACAGCACUUGGAUCGUAAAUCAUGACGUGCACCACGACCGAAGGUCAGUCAGAAACAGCAAAUUUUUUACGUACAUCGAGUGUAUGAAAAAAGAAAUGCUAAACAUCUUCGAAAAACGACACUCUCCAGAUCCCCGAAGUCGAUCUCCAUCCUGUAGUCAGCUGGGGAAUCUCGGCCGCUCUUUUCGACGCCUGGCACGUGGGCGGAACAGUUUUGUCGCCGAGUUAUUUUUCUUCUUCCCGCGGUGAUACCGACACGGUAGACGUAGAUGGGAGUCGAAGUGGGAAAAAAAUCACCGGUCGUGGUCGUCGAGAAGUAGAUUUUGGGAGCUGCGAUGGUACUACUAGUACGACAAAAUCAAAUGCAACUCCAGCGGUGGCAGCCAAUGCUGCAACAACUCCUGCAACUCCUGUUGGGCUCCUGCGGGAAAGGAGCGAUGAAGUGACAAGACUGGCGAGGUUAUCCUACGUUCUUGCAGUGCCAGUGGGGACGGUUUCGGAGCAGGCGAAAUUUUCGGGGGUGGAGUCGCGAGUGGACGGUAUUGACCUCCUGAACUGCCAGGUGUUCGCCUACGAGGAGAAAAAGUCGUUUUGGUACUGUGGUGUUCGUGUUGUUUGCUGUUUCACAUCAUGAUUAUCUAUCAGUAUCAUGCCGCAUAUUUGCUAUAAGUGAACCUGCAGCCGCUCUUGGUUCUGGUUCCUCGUUCUAUCAUGUAGUACUAACUGACGAGAAGAACAAUCAAAGUAAGACAACCAGUAGAAGUUCUUGUACCUACCUGGAUAAUAUCUUCCCACGAUUCAUCAGGGGCCAGUCCUGCCUGCGACUUCCCGAAAGAGUCGGUGUGAGCUACUAUUUGGUGGACCCCAAGCCCGACUUUCCACAGCGGAUUCCGAGCGAGUGUUUACGACUUGACAUUACGGCGCAGCAAGAAGCUGCUGGUCUCUCACCCUCGACUGGUGUGGCAGACGCGAAAACGGAAUUUUGGCUGAGGAAAAAGGAACAUCAAGGGUCUACUACUUCCCAUCAUCUUUUGUACGCGGCAGGCCGCAGCGGUGCCCGUGAUUCAACGUCAGUUCUCGUCGACAGUUUGGCUGUGACGCCUUUUCUGGAAGAGGUGCGGUUUGGCGAAACCGACACUGGUGAUGCAAAAAUGACGAAUGAAUACGCAGCAGCUUCUUCCACCGCAGCUCCUGUUGCCUUCACCGCGUCGGUUCAAAGCGAACUCCUUCGCGUCUACAAGGAGCGGGCGGCGGAAGCGAGCUCUAUAGCAGCGGUUGGUGCGAGUCGUUCUUGUGGAUCCGGUCAAGAAGAAGCUGCCUCUAGUAGGAGUACCUCCGGAGGACCACAUGCUGGACGAGAAGAUUUGGAAGUUUCAGGAGAGCUGAUGUUCUGUCAACCCCUCCCGAUUUGGCGAACUUCCCCCUACGACCGGACCACGUUUAUGAACCGGAAAUUUCGCAAUUGCGACUACAAUUUUUACGACCGCGUGCGGGUGCGGGAAAAUUACGGGGAUAGUGUGGAAGUUGCAGCUUUGAUGUUGCUGGAACAAGAACUGCUACCCUCGGAGAGAAAAGAUCCCAUGCACGAAGCGAAGCAGCUGGCGUGCGCGCGGACGAGGUCCGUGCUGGGGGAAAGAACUUGUGGCAUUAUGACAACGCUGUCGACCACGCGACCAGAAACUGCGUCUGCUUCUUCGCAAACUGGACCGAAUGGGAUUUACAGCAGGGAGGGAAUGGCGACAAGUGGAGAUCACGAUGAAAGUCAUGUGAACUCUUCCCUGGUUUCUUCCGCUUUGCAAGCGGUAGAGAAGAACAGCAAGAGCAACAGCGGGGUUUUAGAAGAAGUAACCUCCAGAACAACUUCCACUACUGCUACGUCGAGGGUAAAUAUUGAAGACGAGGACGGGCGGGGCAAUCUAUUUCCCGCCAGUGAACAAUCCUCGUCCUCGGCAACACUGACAGUGGUGCCCCGCCGUCGGCGGCCGUUUGACUCUCUGGAUAAGGAGAGACACCAAGCUUCUGCCCCGAACCACCAGUACGUGAAGGGCUUUGGCGGGUUGCCCUUUCCCUCGGAGCAGAGCAAAAAAACCGGCCAGAAGGGGGCGAAGACGCCAUGCCACACCAGGACUACAUCAACCAGCGAACAAGAAGAUGAAAAGUCAGCGGCGCAGCUUGCGCUGCUGGCCUCCAGCGUGCGCAACCACGGUGGGGUCGGGGACAUUUUGUGGUUGAAGCAGAAGGGCUUGCUGCUUCAUCAGGAGUCGGUGGACCCGCGGGAUACGCUGGAGGUCCUGGGGGUCGUGAUUCAGGAACAGAUGGAAGCGGAAAAGAGGAAGAGAAGGGGAGGUUCGUGAAGAAAGUUUGCUUGUUUUUGGCAAAACCUUUAUUCUUUUGAGAUAGAAAGUAAAAGAUUGACGAAGUUGUACCAAAAUUGUUCAUCGUGGGGUAGAGGAAAAAAACAUGGAGCUCCGUUGCAAAUCGUGUGUCCCGCAGU